GUUACUAUUCUACUGUUAAAAAUGCACGUCUUGUUUUGCCCCGUCCACUUUUGAUAAAGUUUGUUUACAGUUCGUUGUGGCACCAAAUCGGAAUCGCCCCCGGCACUAAUUUGGCAAUUAGAACACCAAAAGCAGAGUUAAAUUGUGACCAAGAAGCCGGCGGGUAGUUUCCCCUAAUUGACGCAAAAAAGCUUCAAGAUGAAAGACGUGAUCGACGUUAUGGAACUGCAACGGGAACGCAACAAGCGCAUCACACCCGUGGACUACAGAAACCUAGAUUUCAAUGGGGGCUUCACUCCUGCAAGGUUCAUCUUUGAGUGCGGAAUGAAACUGCAAGGCCAACCCCUGACCCUCGCCACGGCGGCUAUUCUCAUGCACAAAUUCUUCAAGGAAGUGGAUCAAUCGAAAUACGACUGUUUUUUAAUCGCCGCCUCCUCGCUGUACCUCGCCGGCAAGGUGAAGGACGACCCCUUGAAGAUCCGCGACAUAAUCAACGUGGCCCACAACACCUUGCACCGCGGCAGCAGCCCCCUUGAGAUCGGCGAUGAGUACUGGAGCAUGCGCGACGCCAUCGUCCAGGCGGAGCUCCUCAUCAUGCGCGUGCUGAAAUUCGAAGUUUCCAUCACGCACCCCCAUAAGUACAUGUUGCACUACCUCAGGUCGAUGGAGAGUUGGCUGGGGAAGGAGCAAUGGAGUCAGGUUCCGGUCGCCCGGACUUCGGCUGCCUUCCUCCAGGACUUCCACCACGAUCCGAGCAUCCUCGACUACCAGCCCCAGCAUGUCGCAAUCGCGUGCAUCUCAUUGGCGCUGCAGUGCUACGGGGUGAGGCUGCCUCUGAUCGAGGACAAGGACGAUGAGACUUGGUACUCGGUGUUUGUCAAGGACUUGCAAAAGGACAAGCAUUGGGAGAUCAUGGAGAAGAUCAUGGACACGUAUAAUAAGGAACCGGAGACUGCUUGACAAGUAUUCGUAAACAAUUUUUUUGUAAUAAAUGAUUGAAUUGAG